UAAAACCCGUUGAAUAAUCUGUAAUAACCGAUACAAUAAAGAUCAAAUCAAAACAAAUAUAUCUUCAAUUACAAAAAUAGGAGGAAAACAAAAAAUAUUUCCAAUGAAGUCUUUGUAUCUUAAAAACAAAAGAAAAAAACAAAAACUAUUAAAAGAGGAACUCAGCUUAAAGCCACUAGCACGCACAUACACAAAAUUUAGCAGCUGACGGCUAGACCUAGUAAAGCGUACUGCUUCACACUCUCGGGAUUAAGAAAAAAAUGUUUCAUAUAAUCGUAAUCAUACAAAUAUAGUAAUUAAUCUCCAAAACACAUAUUAAUAAAACCAGACACCAAUCGUAAUCGAGUGGCCACGUUAUAUUACGUGCGACUCCUCAUCUACCACCUAAUUGCUCUCCUCUCCUCUUUGUCACUGUCAUCACAUUUCUCUUUCGCCCCUCUCCUCGCCGCGAUCCUCGUAAGGAUGGAUAAUAGUUCUGAGUCUGAGUCAGAGGUUAGUGAGUCCGAGAUUGCUGACUACUCUGAGAAGCCUUAUAAGCAACUGAGAGACGGAGAGCUGAAGGUUAAGGUAAAGGUAGACACUUUCAAGUGCCCUUUUUGCUCUGGUAAGAAGAAGCAGCACUACAAGUACAAGGAGCUCCUCGCUCACGCCACUGGUGUCGCCAAAGGAUCCGCCGCUAGAAACUGUAAGCAGAAAGCUAAUCACUUGGCCUUGUCAAAGUACCUCAAGAACGAGCUUGCUGGCGACGCUGAGCCCCCACGCCUUCAGCUUACAGUGUACUCUGCUAACCAGAGCCAAGCUGUUGUGAAUGACAUGUAUGUCUGGCCUUGGAUGGGGAUUGUCAUCAGCCCUUUGAGAGGAAACGAUGACAAGAGUCUGCUUCUUGAUUCGGCGUAUUGGUUGAAGAAGCUUGCGAGGUUUAACCCUCUUGAGGUGAAGACCAUUUGGGUUGAGGAGGAUUCUGCGGUUGCUGUGGUUCCUAGGUUCAGCGGUGGUAUGGAUGGGUUCACGAGUGUUACAGAGCUUGAGAAGGAGUACGAGGUGAAGCGGUGCGGGAAGAAGGACUGGAGUUAUAAGACAGGAGACUGGAGGUUCAAGACUUAUGGGUGGUGCGCGCGUGGGGAUGAUUACAACUGCCAAGGGUCGAUAGCUGAGUACCUGUCGACGGUGGGGAAGCUGAGAAGCUUCUCUGAUAUCUCCAAGGAGGAAAUGCAGAAAUCGAGUAUCGUUGUGGAUGAUCUAGCUGAUAAAAUUGCUAAGAAGAAUGAGGAUUAUAACCAGGUCCAGUACAAGUACAACGAGCAGAUCAUCUCUCUGCAGAGGGUUCUCAGGCAGAAAGAGGAGCUGGACCAAACUUAUAAAGAAGAAACAAAAAGGAUGCAGGAGAUUUCGCAGCGCAAUGUCUACAGGAUCUUACAAGAGAAAGAGAUGCUGAGCAAGAAACUGGAGUAUAGGAUGAAGGAUUUGGAUGCUUGGUCCAAAGAAUUGGACAAGAAACAAGCGUUAACUGAACUGGAGAGACAAAAGCUUGAGGAAGAGAAGAAGAAGAACGAUGCGGUGAACUCCUCUCUUCAGUUAGCUUCACUGGAGCAGAAAAGGACGGAUGAUCGUGUACUGACACUUGUGGAAGAUCACAAGAGGAAAAAAGACGAGGCAUUGAACAAGAUCCGUCAGCUAGAGGAGGAGUUGAACAACAAGCAGAAACUUCAGAUGGAGAUUCAAGAGCUGAAAGGGAAGCUGAAAGUCAUGAAGCAUAGGGAAGAUGAAGAUGAUGAGGACGUUAAGAAGAAAAUGAAAAAGAUGAAUGAGGAGCUAGAGGAGAAGUGCUCUGAGUUGCAAGAUCUGGAGGAUACUAACUCGGCCCUCAUGAUCAAAGAAAGGGAAAGCAAUGAUGAGAUACAAGAAGCACGUCAAGAGUUGAUUGGGGGAUUGAGUGGAUUGUUGAGUGAUCGAACCAACAUCAGAAUAAAGCGGUUGGGGGAACUCGAUGAAAAGCCAUUCUUGAAAGCAUGCAAGAAAAGAUUCAAAGGUGAAGAAGCUGAGGUGCAGUACGCCAUUCUUUGCUCAAAAUGGCAGGAAACCCUCAAGGAUUCAGGAUGGUAUCCAUUCAAACGCGUGGGGACUGAAGACAAAAUGAAGGAAGUGGUGGAUGAAGAAGAUGAGCAGCUUAAGAGCCUGAGAGAAGAGUGGGGUGAAGAAGUGUUGGAGGCAGUGAAGACAGCACUGGAGGAGCUGAAUGAGCAUAACCCAAGUGGGAGGUACUCAGUCCCAGCACUGUGGAAUUUUAAAGAGAAAAGAAAAGCUACACUCAAAGAAGUGAUCGAAUACAUGACGCUGCAGAUCAAGAAUCUCAAGAAUCUCAAACGCAAAAGAAAGGGAUAAGGAAGCAGAGACGCUGGAGGAAGAAUGAAAACGUGGUCUUUUUAUUAGGAAAUUGAUAAUUUAUGAACCGAUGUUGUUUCCAACGAUCAAUAAUGUUCUUACAGUUUCACGGUGCAUUUGUCAGUGUUUUAGACUACAGUUUAUAAAAGUCCUGGCAGUUAAAUUUAUUUAUUUCCUAUAAAUAUUAUAGCUAA